CAGAAGGACCCGUUUUACAACUCAGAGAAGAGACGAAAGAGCGCCGUUAAGAAAUAUUUUCAUAUAUUCAUCGUUGAAUUAGUCAAAAGACAACCAAACCCCUUUACGGGUCCUGAGAACACAGGCGGUUUGAUAGUCCGCAUCUGAUUCAGACACAGGAGCCGGAGAGACACACCGACAGGAGAGCUUUGCCGAGAGACAGAUAUAAGAUAAAAUGGCGUCCAUGUUGAUGAACUCUCUACGGUGCUGUCCUCCAGUCAACCCUGCCUGGGCUGUACAGUAUGCGACCCGCUCCCUCAGUACAUCCGUCCAGCUCCAUGCCCAGGUCCAGACUAAGAGUAAGAAGACAUUGGCCAAACCUGGAGUGAAGAACAUAGUUCUGGUGGAAGGGGUCAGAACACCGUUCCUUCUCUCAGGAACCACAUAUGCUGAUCUGAUGCCCCAUGACCUUGCCAGAGCUGCUCUACAGGGUCUGCUGCAUAAAACCAGUCUCCCUAAAGAUGCAGUAGAUUACAUCAUCUAUGGAACCGUCAUCCAGGAGGUGAAGACCAGCAACGUGGCUAGAGAGGCUUCGUUGGGAGCAGGCUUCUCUGAUAAGAUCCCAUCUCACACCGUCACCAUGGCCUGCAUCUCCUCCAACGUCGCUAUGACAACAGGUGUGGGGCUGAUCACAGCAGGCCAGUGUGAUACUAUAGUAGCUGGAGGGGUGGAAUUUAUGUCGGACGUUCCUAUUCGUCACAGUAGGAAGAUGAGGAAGACCAUGUUGGCUCUGAACAGAGCGAAGACCCUCGGACAACGCCUCAGCCUUAUAGGCUCUAUCAGGAUGGCUCAUCUCACACCUGAGCUGCCUGCUGUAGCAGAGUUCUCCACAGCAGAGACGAUGGGUCACAGUGCAGACCGUCUUGCUGCAGCGUUCGGAGUGACUCGGCUGGAGCAGGAUGAGUUCGCUCUACGAUCACACACACUAGCCAAACAGGCUCAGGAUGCAGGACUCCUCAGUGACGUCAUCAGCUUCAAGGUGCCAGGUCGUGACACGGUCGCCAAGGACAACGGGAUCCGUCCAUCUUCCAUGGAACAGCUGGCCAAACUGAAACCUGCCUUUAUCAAACCUCAUGGCACUGUUACUGCUGCUAACUCUUCCUUUCUGACCGACGGUGCAUCAGCUGUCCUCAUCAUGUCAGAAGAGAAAGCCCUGGCCAUGGGAUACAAGCCCAAAGCCUACCUCAGAGACUUUGUGUUCGUGUCUCAGGACCCCAAAGACCAGCUGCUGCUUGGGCCAGCAUAUGGAACCCCGAAAGUUCUGGCACGUGCAGGGUUGACUAUGGAUGACAUCGAUGUCUUCGAGUUCCAUGAGGCCUUUGCUGGCCAGAUCAUGGCUAACCUGAAAGCGUUGGAUUCAGACUGGUUUGCACAGACCUACAUGGGACGGAAGGUUAAGGUGGGGGCCCCUGCCAUGGAGAAGUUUAACCUGUGGGGGGGCAGUCUGUCUCUUGGUCAUCCGUUUGGAGCCACCGGCUGCCGUCUGGUAACCACGGUAGCACACCGCUUGCUGAAGGAGGGGGGCCAGUAUGGACUGGUGGCUGCAUGCGCUGCGGGAGGACAGGGCCAUGCGAUGGUGAUCGAAGCAUACCCCCAGUAGAACAGGAUUCUGGGAGGACUGAGAUGAUGCAGGAGAAGACUGUGUACGCAUAUACACAGAGUGGAGUAACACCCACAUUAUCAGACUGUACAUACUAACACCACUUUGCCUGGUUGGGUUAGGGCAUGUGUUUGUGUGGAGGAGAGGGUGUAAAUUAUAGCAGAGUUUUAGGUUGCCUUGCUGUUAGGGUGCAACGCUGCAGUAGCAUUCACACAGACCUUAACAGGUGGGCCUUUCUCUAUAGUCUGUGGCCUCCUCAUUUCCUCUCAUGAAAGGAAAUUCUUAGUCGGUAGUUGUCUACCGUGAUGCCAUCAGCUGUGUUCUUAUCAGGGCAGAUGGAGGAGAAGCCAUUAGACUCUUGAGAUGCACCCUGAUCCGAUCAUUCAGAUCAAUAUGAUGUUUAUACUCUGCCUUUUUGUUUUCUUACUACAAUGAUUUAAUUAAAAAUAGAACUAGCCUACAGCUUCC